GGGUAUUGACGUAGAGGAAACGCCAAGUGAGGGGACCACCAAAUAGGAAAGAAUAAUAUGUUUUAAUAACCCAAAUCGGAGGGUGGAAACCAUCGAACCAAUUCAAUUAUAAAGAGUCAUCACCGCACCUAAUCACACUGAUUAUUCUCUCCGCGUCUUCUCCUCUUCUCUUUCUCGAUCUCAAACAAUCUCCCAACCCUCUCAGGAACUACCAAUCACACACGCUCAUAAGGGAGGAUCAGCGAUUGCCAGACUGAUAGAUGGCAUCCAAACGGAUCUUGAAGGAGCUCAAGGAUUUACAGAAGGAUCCUCCCACAUCGUGCAGCGCUGGUCCCGUUGCUGAAGACAUGUUUCAUUGGCAAGCAACAAUCAUGGGACCUCCAGACAGUCCGUAUGCAGGAGGUGUUUUUCUAGUUACUAUUCAUUUUCCUCCAGAUUAUCCAUUUAAGCCUCCGAAGGUGGCUUUUAGAACAAAGGUAUUCCAUCCAAAUAUAAAUAGCAAUGGCAGCAUUUGCCUCGAUAUCUUGAAGGAGCAAUGGAGCCCUGCUCUAACCAUAUCCAAGGUGUUACUUUCAAUCUGUUCUUUGUUGACGGAUCCAAACCCUGAUGAUCCAUUGGUGCCAGAGAUUGCUCACAUGUACAAGACAGACAGGAAUAAGUAUGAAACAACUGCAAGAAGCUGGACCCAGAAGUAUGCCAUGGGCUAACGAUCUGUGUGUGCAAGACAAAGGGUCUUCUAAUCAUUUUUUUUCUUAAAUUUCUCAGUCAUGUGUAUCAAUGUUUGUCUUGUCUCUCCAAUCUAAAUGGACUAAAGAGGUCCAUAACAACACCCUAGUUAAAAAAGAGAAACAUAUAUGUUUGUUUCAAUUGAUGUAUGGAUAAUGUUAUGCUGGAACUGUUCAAAUGUAUCCCAAAUUCAAUGUCAACCUGCGUUGCCUAUAAA